AUGUCAUUGAAGUACAACGCUGCGCUGGGCCUCUGCCUCACAUCAGCUUCAGUCCUAGCCAGUCUUUUCUUCGCGCCAGAAGCAGACGCCUCCCACCUAUCCUCGCGAGCCUUCAGCAUCAAAGCCGACGGGUCCAGCACCGCCGGCGAGCCCUGGCCCGACGGCAAGGUAACCUGGUGCCUAAACGGCAGAUACAACGACAACACCCGCAAGAAGGUGCUGCAGAUCGCCAACGACGCCUGGCAGCUGUGGGAGGACGCCCUCGACGGCAAGUCCAGCCUCGAGUUCAAGCCCGCCGACGACGACAACCCGCUCUGCGGCGAGGUCUCCGACGCGGACACCGAGGCCGGCAUGCUGCAUAUCCGGCUGCUGAAGGGCAAGAACGCCUUCUCUUCCGUGGGACACACGGACGAGGAGGGCUCGAAGGAGAUGAAGUUCAGCCUGGCCGAGGACUACGGCGGCAUGGAUCCCGUCGUCAACUUCGCGCACGAGCUGGGUCAUGUGUUCGGGCUUGUGCACGAGCACCAGCGCCCCAGCGCCUGGGGCAGCGACGGCGGCGCGUCGCUGCUGAAGCUCAACUGCGAGAACCUAGCCGACUACGACAUCGCCGCAGCGCAGGGUCUGAACAUGGACGUGCUGUGCAGGGACCACUGGGCGGCGUCCCAGAAGGGGUUCUCGGCGCUGGACUUCCUGCCGCUGGCCGAGGCGGACGAGGAUGGGAUCGUGGAAGCGGGCGCCUUCGACUGGGAUUCGAUCAUGCUGUACAAUUCUCAUGCUGGCGCCAAGCAGGUCGGCGGCACGUUCCAACCUACCUUGGUCAAGAAGGACGGGUCGGAGAUUGGGAUCAAUAAGAAGCCCUCGAAGGGGGAUGCAGCGGCGGUUAUAAAACUGUAUCCGAAGUAG